UAUAUUUAUGGUAAAAGAUAACAUUUUACCAUAUUAUUAGAAUAUUCUCUUCCAAGAGGUAAUAUUUUGUUGCUACAGAUUUAUUUUAUGUUUUUAAUCAGUUGGGAUACAGUUUACUCUUUCCUUCUGUUGUUACUAGAUCGAAGCUAUAGUCACACUACCCCUUGUAAGCGUAGUCAGAAAGAAAAAGUUUAAAUUGGCAUAAAAACUUUUGAACUUUUGCGAAAAAGGAACCAAGCAGGGGUCCACAAUGGGCGUAAGUUGGGUCAACGGGAGCCCAUUAAAUAGAUUGAUGACCAGGUCAACCGACUUGGGAACUAUGUCAAUUGAGACAGUAAACUGACGGAAAGAAGGUUACAAGUUGCAGCUCAGCAGGCGAGGAGCAUAGAAUCAACUAGUCACCAAAUCAAAUCAAACGAUUUUAUACGCAAAAAUAUCGAUGGGGUUGUUGCCCCCAUAUUAUCUGUGGCUUCCACGUAAGAUCAAGAAGAUACUGCUAUAUCGAUUUCUAUUUGCCACAUUGCUCUGCUCAUGGCUGGAUUAUCAGAUGCUGACGAUUUUCGUAUCAGUCAAUUUGUUUGAGUUGAGACGUCCAUUGGAUUCCCUAACUGAAAUCCUGGGAUGGACUCUGUUUUCGGUGUAUUCCUCGGUACUAUUGAUUCUCAUACGAUUGAGCACGAUGGGGUUUGGCUUGGUAUUAUGCCACAUACAUUAUGUCACUCCCCGAUGCUUCAGAUACAAUCUAUUGAGGAUAUCUUAUGAGUUCCCUAUAAGGUUUUGGCUAAUUUCAUCGAUACUUUCUACAACCAUUGCUAGCAGCUGGCUUUAUGCAUCCUUUGUGGACUUGAACAAUGGGAAUUACUUGCUGGGAGGGUCCUGGUAUUACCUCAUGACGUUUGGCUGCUUUUGUGGGAUUUCCUAUUAUCAUAAGAGCCAUGAGAGAUCUCUGCGAAGAUUCCCAUUGCCCAUCGUGCAUUUGAAUAUGAUGGAGUGUCUGCUUCAAAUCUGGUGUCACCACUUUAAGAGUUCUGCUAAAGCGGCUUUCGUUCCAACUAUAUUAUUUGCUCUGAUCUAUUGGCCAACCAUGGGUUUACUAGAUACUACUGAAUUAGGCGGAGUAAGCACUGGAUGUUUUGUUAUUAUAACGCAACCCCAAAGACUUUUCCAAGCUUGGUUGCUAGCCACCUUGAUCCUGGCCAAAUUGCAUAUAGUUCGGGAACUUUAUGGCCUGAUAAUGCAGCGCCCACUAUCACUGAUUUGCGAUUUAAGAGACCUGCACGAGUAUAUAGAUAUCAGUCUAUUCAAUCUGAUAUGGGAGCGCUUUCAAUAUUUUAUCUGCAUCAUGCGAAUGAAACCGAUGCCCAUUAAUGCGCAGCGCUAUAACCUUUCAUUACCAAUAGCCAUGGCACUGGACACUGCGGAAAUCUAUGGCUUUCAAUUGUUGGCAGCCCGUGAUUUUUAUGCCGCCAUGUCGGGCAGCUUGUGCAAUAAACUAUUUGAAAAACAAUUUGGCCAAAGAAAUCGAUAUUGGAAUGAGGUACGCGACGUUAUAAUGGGAAUGCUAGAUCGAUUUCUGGCCAGGAUGGAGUCCUGUUUGGAGCCAGCUCCGCGCAUUAAGGUCAGCCAUUUGCUGAAGAACAAGAACCCCAAGAAGCCAGGAAUUCGUUCGUUGGUGAAACCAACUCCUCCGCCACGACGUCUUUGUGCUACAUGUCGAUGUUUUCCAAGUUGUCAGCCACCGCAGAAAACUUGGUGUUUCUGUAACCUGAGGAUAUACCUCUAUGAUAGGAUCCAGAGCUGCCGGAAUGCUUUAUGGGAUAUAUUGCCAGUUGUUCCGCAGUACUAUAGCUUUCUGUACGAACUAGAUCCUCUGGCCAAUCUCAAUCAUGAGCUGCGGUGUGGAGAACCUCUAGUUUGGAUCCUUCAAGGACUUGUCACCAUGUGCGUAAGAUACUUGAAGGAAGACAAAUUCUACUACAUUCAGAACGAUCUGGAACGCAUUGUGGUGUAUUUAUUGAAGGUGGAGGAAAAGCUGAUCGCGGCUAAGGAAAUGCAGGUGCGGGGAAAACUAUGCUCCAGCCAUGAUCAUUUUAUGAUGGCCAUAAACCGCUGUAUAUACAAAAUUCUGUUUACCUUUGGCCCGCAUUUGGACCUCAUUAUCGAUGACUAUAAGUUAAGAGAUACGUUUAGAAGGAGAAUGGAGUUGCUACCCUGAGUUUGUUUACUUUUUGCAUUUUUAAAUUGGUUUCUUUUGCUUAUUUUAUUGAAUAAAGUUGAAAUGCUCAAAAAUAUUGUUCUGACAAUAACGGGGAAAAUCCACUUUAAAUUCUCUCCACUCAGGCAAUCAUCUCUACAUUAAUUCUUUUUUGUCGCACUUGCCACGCACUUUCCACUUUUCCUCGCCCUCUCCGCUCCUCUUUCCACUCUUCUCUCUGCUCUUUUCCUAUUCAAUUCUUAUCAAUAAAACGCUGCUGCUGUGUGCAUUGUUUGCUGGCUAAGUGGCCAAACACGCACACAUACACGCACAGCUGGCAGGGAAAGGAACAAAGGAGGAGCUAAAAGAGAGCGAUGAACAAUUGAGUUUUCUACUUGUGCCGCUUCUUCCGUCUCCACUUCUGUUGCUUUGACUACUUUUUAUUCGUUUGGAUUCUCCUUAUUGCACCUCCCACGCUGUGUUAUCCCCAUACUCCCCCACCCCUCUCCGCUUUUCGAAUGCCUUUUCCCUUUGUGGUCGUCCGUAUCAUGUAAAACGCUUUGUGUGCAAAAUGGGAAAUUCGAAGAACAACAACAGCAAGUGAACUGCGAGCAAAAUAGAGAAAUGAAAAGAUCUCAACAAGUUUGCCGUUAGGCGAGCUAAGCAGAUUAACUGUUUGAGAGCAUUUUGCGAUUGCCAUUUUGCAAUGAUUUAGCAGGGGUCAAAGACGAGGGGGCACUAAAGCGGCGAGGGAAAGGGACGGGGGCUCAAGAGCGGGCAGAGGCCAAAAAGCAUAAUUGCCCAGUUGCACUCAAAUGGAUCUCCAUUGAAAACCCCCACUCACCAAUUAAGGGUUAAAGAGCAACAGACUCCAGAAGAAGCGACCAUAAAUCUGUACAGUGAUGAACGGCUAAGAUAAAGGUCACAAUCAGAUAUCAUUUGCGGACUCAAAUGUUUUUGGAAAAAAUGUUAGUACGUUAAAACAUACAUAAUUUUAAGUGUUUAAAUGAGCUCCCAUCCUGAGAAUCAAAUCGAGUUCUGACAAAGAAACGCAUUCAGGAAUGAAAUGUCUCUGAUCUUAAAAUACACCUUCUGUUACACUUAUGCAGAAAUUUAGUUUCCUGUUUUUUGGUUACAUUUAGGCGAUAGUCACUGUACUGAAAAAAUUUAAGGGACAGACAAACUAUUUGCGGUCUUUAUCAGCGGCUGGCCACAAAAAGUAAAAGGAGAAAAAAAAGGAGAGAAAACUAAGGGAAAAAGAAAGGAAGUAGCAGAGACAGAAAACAGACGGCAGCAAUGUUAAUUGAAGGGGUUUUUAUUUUUGGAGUGAGGGCGAAACUUUACUGCAACAGAUAAGCUACAAAUAUAAGAAAAAAAAAUAAAAACAAAUUUUGUGGCUUAAACUUCAAAGCACAUGGAGCGAUCCAGAGUAGGAGGGAAAAGGAGGGGUUAAUAAACAAGCCACCAAAAGGUAAAUAAAUAAGCACAAAAUGCCGAAAAUAGCGCACAAGGGAUAAACCAGAUAGAGAGAGCGAGAGGGAGAGAGAGAAGGAGCAGCUGCUGCGCCGACGCCUGCUGCUCUUCAGCUUCUUCUUUUCCGUCUCCCUUCCCCUCCCCCAUUCAAUCAUCAUCCCAUGACUCUCCACAAAUUGGAGGCAAUUACAAUAGCA